CGCCCGCCGUCAGCACGGCAAUUUCAAGAUGGCAGCGUCGUCGGCGCAUCCGAGCCUGAGCAGUGGCCGGGACCGCGGAGCGACGGGCAGCUGAGCGCCGUGACCUGAUACGACACGACACACCGACCCGCCCGCCCACCGGGCACUCCAGAGCCUCCCCAACUACGCGGGGGAACCGCCGCAAACCGGGCGCUCCUCCUCGGGCUGCGAACGAUGCGGACAGCUGGGGCGGCCAUUUGAGAAUCUAUAACCGAGAGACCGGCGCUCGGGGAGGGGGAGGGGGGGAGGGAGAGGAGCCUUCCAUCCUUCCCGCCCGCAGGCAGUGAUCAACGGCUGCCCGCUGAACCCCAGUUUCCUGGGAGGAGCCGCUUCACACCCCCGCCCCCUCCCUUCACCCCUUCCACAUCCCACCCCCUCCCUUUCUCUCCUCUCCUCUGCCUCCCCCCAUCUCCUCCUCCACCCGGAGGAUGAUGUGUUCGGCUCCGGCUCCUCACACAACCGGCGGUGGCGGUGGCGCCGCCUCCUUCUCUUGCACCUCACACCCGGACCCCGGCUACCCGCCCUCCGCGACCGCCGCUGCCGCCGGCUCCUCCUCCUCCUCCACCAGCUCUUUCCUGUACACGGACUCGCUGAUCUUCCCUGCCCCUGAUCCCCGGAUUGCUGCUACUGCUUCUGGAGGAGCAGGAGGGAUGGAAGCCGCCGGGCGGGUCCAGCACCAGCUGCUGUCAGGGAAGCUGCUCGGGAACAAGUACCGGCGGCUGUUCGCCGCCGCCCUGGACGCCCAGCACAGCAGAAAUAAAAAAGGUUUGAGCAAGAAGAAACUUAAAAGGAAGCAGAAGACUAAGUCCAAAGUGAAAACACGAACAAAGACAGAGAAUUUGGAAAAUGCAACGCCUAUUCCAGAUAUCAAAAUCCAUAGUAACCCUUCAGCCUUCAAUGUUUACUGUAAUGUACGGCACUGUGUUUUGGAGUGGCAAAGGAAAGAAGCCUCCCUGACUCUGGCCUCAAAGAAUUCAGUUCAGAGUGGAGAGUCGGACAGUGAUGAAGAGGAAGAAUCGAGGGAACCUCCAAUUAAACUACCUAAGAUCAUAGGAAUUGGACUUUGUGGUGUAUUUGAGCUUAUCAAAGAAACUCGGUUCUCUCAUCCUGCAUUGUGUCUGAGAAGUUUACAGGCUCUACUUGAUAUGCUUCAAGGACAACAGCCAGAAGGUCUCCAGUCAGAGCCACCUGAUGUUCUAGAAUCUCUCUUCCAUUUAUUGUUAGAAACAACAAUAAGAAGCACUGGAAUGGCAGACAAUAUCAGCCAGUCACUGACUGCUUUAUCUUGUGCCUGCCUCUUCAGUUUGGUAGUUGCUUGGGGAGAAACAGGCAAGAUUCUACAAGCUGUGUCAGCAAUUCUUACCAGUAAUGGCAGCCAUGCUUGCCAACCUAUUCAGGUGCCAACCAUUCUAAAUGCUCUCCAAAGGAGCGUGCAAGCUGUCUUAGUUGGAAAAGUUCAAAUACAGGACUGGUUCACUAAUGGAAUAAAGAAGGUAGCUUUAAUGCACAAAUGGAUUCUUAAGGAGAUAUUUACAGAUGAAGAUGAUUGGUGUCUAUUGCAGAGUGAUGGCUCAUUCUUGUAUCUGUUGGCUAAAGAUGGACUAUACAAAAUUGGUUCAGGUUACAGUGGGACAGUCAGGGGCCAUGUAUACAACUCUACAUCACGCAUAAGGAACAGGAAGGAUAGAAAGUCAUGGCUGGGGUUCGCACAGGGUUCUCUCCUAUAUAGGGAUUUAAAUAAUCACAAUAUGACAGCGAUAUCCAUAAACCCAGAAACCUUAGAACAAGAAAGCACAGUUAAUCUUCCAGGUUGCCAAGCUGAAGGACAGAAUAUCCUCUUCACAGAUGGAGAAUACAUCAAUCAAAUUACAGCAUCAAAAGAUGAUGGUUUUGUAGUGCGAAUAUAUGCAACAAGCACUGAGCCUGUACUUCAACAGGAGCUGCAGCUCAAGCUAGCCAGGAAGUGUCUACAUGCUUGUGGUCUCUCCUUGUUUGACCUUGAGAAAGAUUUGCACAUUAUAAGUACAGGAUUUGAUGAGGAGUCAGCUGUUGUAUCAGCAGGCAGAGAGUUUGCACUAAUGAAAACUGCUAAUGGAAAGAUGUAUUAUACUGGAAAAUAUCAGAGCCUUGGAAUCAAACAAGGAGGUCCGACCGCAGGAAAAUGGGUUGAACUACCUAUCACCAAAUCACCAAAGAUUGUACAAUUCUCGGUGGGCCAUGAUGGCUCUCAUGCCUUAAUGGUGGCUGAAGAUGGAAGUGUUUUCUUCACUGGCUUAGCUAGUAAAGGAGAGGAUGGUGAAUCAGCUAAAAGCAGACGCCAACCAAAACCUUAUAAGCCAAAGAAAAUGAUCAAAAUGGAAAGUAAAACAGCAGUAUAUACAGCAUGUAACAAUGGGAGUAGUGCUAUCACCACAAAGGAGGGAGAACUGUAUAUGUUCGGCAAAGAUGCUGUUUACUGUGACAGCUCAGGUCUUGUGACCGAGUUGAAGGGUCACUUUGUGACGCAAGUUGCCAUGGGUAAAGCUCAUGCCUGUGUAUUGACUAAGAAUGGAGAAGUUUGGACAUUUGGUGUGAACAAUAAAGGACAGUGUGGACGGGAGACUGGUGCACUCUGUCAAGGUGGGAAAGGUUUCAAUGUGGAAAACAUGGCAACAGCAAUGGAUGAAGAUUUAGAAGAGGAGCUGGAUGAUAAAGAUGAAAAAUCCAUUAUGUGCCCUCCUGGAAUGCAUAAAUGGAAGCUGGACCAGUGCAUGGUUUGCACUGUGUGUGGAGACUGCACAGGUUAUGGAGCCAGUUGUGUCAGCAGUGGGCGACCAGACAGAGUUCCUGGAGGGCUCUGUGGAUGUGGGUCUGGUGAGUCUGGUUGUGCUCUAUGCGGUUGCUGUAAGGCCUGUGCCCGAGAACUUGAUGGACAAGAGGCGAGGCAGAGGGGAAUUCUUGAUGCUGUUAAAGAGAUGAUCCCCUUAGAUCUACUUUUAGCAGGACCUGUCCCACCAGGUGUUAAUAUAGAAGAACAUAUUCAACUAAGACAAGAAGAGAAAAGACAACGGUUGAGUAGAAGGCACAGACUAGAAGAAGUGAGGGGCCCCAUUGUAUUUCCUGGUCCCAUUUAUUUGAACCAUCGAGAACAGGCCAUAGCCAGACUAAGACCCCUUCCAUCAAAGCUAAAGCAUAAACGGGACAAGCAUAAAGAUGCCAAUGGAGAAAGGGGGGAGAAAGACGCCAGCAAAAUUACAACAUAUCCUCCAGGGGCUCUAUGCCUUGAUUAUGAGCUCCAAGCAGUCCAGGUUAGCUGUGGAUUCCAUCACUCAGUGAUUCUGAUGGAGAAUGGCGAUGUAUAUACAUUUGGAUAUGGGCAACAUGGACAAUUGGGACAUGGAGAUGUAAAUUCAAGAGGGGCACCCACUUUGGUACAGGCCUUACCAGCUCCUUGCACCCAAGUAACUGCAGGCAGUAACCACACAGCUCUACUAUUAGCAGAUGGACAAGUCUUCACGUUUGGAAGCUUCUCUAAAGGACAACUUGGUAGACCAAUUUUGGAUAUACCUUUCUGGAACACAAGACCAUCUCCAAUGCCAAAUAUAGGUUCAAAGUAUGGCCGUAAGGCUACCUGGUUAGGUGCGAGUGGAGACCAGACUUUCCUACGCAUUGAUGAGGCACUAAUCAACUCACACGUUUUAUCAACUUCAGAAAUAUUUGCCAGCAGAAGCAUUAUAGGCUUGGUACCUUCAUCCAUAACUGAGCCACCACCCUUUAAAUGUCUGUUAAUCAAUAAGCUGGAUGGAAGCUGCAGGACAUUUAAUGAUUCUGAACAAGAAGACUUACGAGGUUUUGGAGUUUGCUUGGAUCCCGUGUAUGAUGUAAUUUGGAGGUUCAUACCAGGUCCAAAAGAAGUUUGGUGUUAUAAUGCAGUUACUGCAGAUGCCAGGCUUCCUGCAGCAUCUGAUAUGCACAACAGAUGUUGUAUUCUGAGCCCUGAGCUUGCCUUACCUGCAGGGUCUAGAGCAUAUACCACAAGAUCUCAUGGGGCUUUGCACAUUCUAGGUUGUUUGGAUACGUUAGCUGUUAUGCAAGAUCUGAAAAUGGGUGUCACCAACACCGAGGAGGAGAUCCAAGCAGUUACUAAAGUGUAUUCCAAAGAAGACUAUAGUGUGGUUAAUAGAUUUGAAAGCCAUGGAGGUGGAUGGGGAUAUUCUGCUCAUUCUGUGGAAGCCAUUCGCUUUUGUGCGGAUACAGAUAUAUUACUUGGAGGCCUUGGUCUGUUUGGUGGCAGAGGUGAAUACACAGCAAAAAUAAAGCUGUUUGAGCUGGGACCUGAUGGAGGAGAUCAUGAAAUUGAUGGUGACCUGCUGGCAGAAACUGAUGUUCUGGCAUAUGACUGUGCUGCAAGAGAGAAAUAUGCAAUGAUGUUUGAUGAGCCUGUGGUAUUGCAGGCUGGUUGGUGGUAUGUGGCUUGGGCUCGGGUUUCAGGGCCAAGUAGUGAUUGUGGCUCUCAUGGUCAGGCUUCCAUCACCACUGAUGAUGGAGUUGUUUUUCAGUUUAAAAGUUCCAAGAAAUCAAACAAUGGAACAGAUGUGAAUGCGGGUCAAAUUCCACAGUUGCUGUACAGGUUACCAUCAAAUGAUGGAAACUCAGGAAAAGGAAAACAGCAACCAAGUGAGCCAGUGCAUAUUUUGAGAAGAUCAUUUGCAAGGACUGUCUCAGUGGAAUGUUUUGAGUCAUUGCUAAGCAUUCUACAGUGGAGUUGGACAACCCUGGUGUUGGGAGUGGAGGAGCUGCAGGGCUUAAAAGGUUUUCAAUAUACAGCCACUCUGCUGGACUUGGAACGACUAAAGUUUGUUGGGACUUGUUGCCUGCGACUGCUGCGUGUCUACAUCUGUGAGAUAUACCCUAUAUCAGUUGGUACUAAAGCAGUGAUAGAAGAAACAAGCAAGCUAGCAGAAUGUGUUGGAAAGACUCGAUCGCUCCUGAGAAAGAUUUUAUCAGAAGGAAUUGAUCAUUGUAUGCUGAAACUUGACAAUGAUCCCCAUGGCUACCAUUCGCAACCAAAGACGCUAUUGGAAGCUGUUCUUCAGGAAUGCCACAACACAUUUACAGCUUGCUUUCAUUCCUUUUAUCCUACCCCUGGAUUGCAAUGGGCUUGUCUUUGUGACCUGCUUAACUGCCUAGAUCAGGACAUACAGGAGGCUAACUUCAAAACAUCAAGUAGUCGGUUACUUGCAGCAGUCAUGUCUGCAUUGUGCCACUCUUCAGUCAAGCUGACAACAAUCCUUCCCAUUGCUUACGAUGGUGAAGUGUUGCUUCGGUCCUUGGUGAAGCAGAGUAGCACAGAGAAUGAAUCAGCUAUGGUUCACAGAUUUGCCCUAUUAGUGUCUCAUAUGGAGAAACUCAGCCAGAUUGAAGAAAAUAUUACAAGUAUGACCAGUUUCCGAGAAGUUCUUGAAAAGAUGUUGGUCAUUGUAGUGCUUCCAGUUCGAAAAAGUCUUAGAAGAGAGGUCGAACUCUUCUCUCCUCUCCUUGUGUCCAAUACUUGUGGUCUCCUUGCCAGUAUAGUCAGUGAACUCACUGCAUCAGCACUUGGAACUGAGGCUGAUGGAUUAAGUUCCCUUCAUUCUGUGAAAGCCACCCCAAAUCGAUUUGUUAAAACCAGUCAAGGGCGAAGUUGGAACACUGGUAAUGGGUCUCCAGAUGCAAUCUGCUUCUCUGUUGACAAACCUGGGGUCGUUGUGGUAGGCUAUCAUGUAUACGGAGGAGGUGGCAUUCAUGAGUAUGAACUGGAAAUGCUGGUUGAUGAUAGUGAACAUGCUGGUGAUUCAGCACAUUCUCACAGGUGGACUUCCUUAGAACUAGUAAAAGGGACUUAUAGCACCGAUGACUCCUCUAGUGACACAGCAGAAAUCAGAUUAGAUAAAGCAGUCCCUUUAAAGGAAAAUGUCAAGUAUGCAGUUCGUCUAAGGAACUAUGGAAGUCGUACUGCAAAUGGAGAUGGAGGAAUGACAACAGUUCAAUGCCCAGAUGGUGUAACCUUCACUUUCAGUACCUGUAGCCUCAGCAGUAAUGGAACUAAUCAAACUCGAGGUCAAAUCCCUCAGGUACUUUAUUACAGAAGUGAGUUUGAUGGAGAUCUACAAUCACAGCUGCUUAGCAAAGCCAAUGAAGAAGAUAAAAACUGCAGCAGGGCCCUUUCUGUUGUUUCUGCAGUUGUUCGUGCAGCUAAGGAUUUGUUGCACAGGGCCCUGGCUGUAGAUGCGGAAGAUAUUCCAGAACUACUCAGCUCUUCCAGUCUGAUAUCUAUGCUGCUUCCACUUAUUUUGGCUUACAUUGCACCAGUGGCUGCUAAUGUCCCAAAAGCUGCCGUUGAAGUUUUUGGUCUUGUCCAGGAGCUUCUGCCUCCAGUAGCAACAUUGAACCAAAAAUAUGCCCCCCCUGCCUUUAAUCCUAAUCAGUCAACAGACAGUGCAACAGGCAAUCAACCUGAACAAGGCCUCUCUGCUUGUACUACUUCUAACCAUUAUGCUGUGGUGGAGAGUGACCAUCCUUAUAAACCAGCUUGUGUCAGUCAACUAAAGGUAACUUUUCCAGAUUGUGUCAGGUGGAUGACUAUCGAAUUCGACCCACUGUGUGGUACUGCACAGCCAGAAGAUGUGCUCCGUUUGCUGAUUCCAAAUAAAACUUUGCAAAGUUCAGGAUUUGGACCUAAAAGUACAAGCCAUGAUGGUCUAAAUUCAUGGAUAGAAUUGAAAAAAUUUUCUGGUUCCACUGGAUGGCCAACUACAGUCCUUAUUUUGCCAGGAAAUGAUGCUAUUUUCUCUUUGGAGACUGCAUCAGACUAUGUAAAAGACGAGAAGGCCAGUUUUUAUGGUUUCAAGUGUGUUGCUGUGGGUUAUGAAUUCAGUCCUGGACCUGAUGAGGGAAUUCUACAAUUAGAAAAGGAAUUGGCGUACCUUGGAAGUAUGUGUGCAGCGUCACUAAUGAAAAAAGAGCUUGCACUUCCUGUGGGAAAUGAAUUGGAGGAGGAUCUUGAAAUUCUUGAAGAAUCGGCGCUGCAGGUGUGUAAAAACCAUGCCGGUUUAUUAGGAAAGGGACUUGCUUUGUCUCAUUCACCAACUAUAUUGGAGGCACUGGAAGGUAAUCUUCCCCUCCAUCUGCAGAGCAAUGAGCAUUCUUUCUUAGAAGACUUUGUUGCAUGCUUACCUGGGUCCAGUGGUGGACGACUUGCAAGGUGGCUUCAACCGGAUUCUUAUGCAGAUCCUCAGAAAACCUCCCUGAUAUUAAAUAAGGACUACAUCAGAUGUGGCUGGCCUGCUACCAUCACUGUCCAAACCAAGGACCAAUAUGGAGAUAUAGUUCAUGUUCCAAACCUGAAGGUUGAGGUGAAAGCUGUUCCUCUUUCUCAAAAGAAGUCUAUGCAACAGGAGAACACUAAAAAACUGCACCGUAUCCCUGGCAGUCCUCCAACUGUUGUACCAUGUACUGAUCUGACGUUCGGUGGAUUGCCGUCUCCCAAGCUGGAAGUGUCUUAUGAACCAAUGAUAGUUAAAGAAGCUCGGUAUACUGCAAUCACUAUGAUGAAGGCAUACGAAAAUUACUCAUUUGAAGAGCUUCGAUUUGCAUCUCCCACUCCAAAAAGACCAAGUGAAAAUAUGUUAAUUCGGGCUAACAAUGAUGGAACUUACAGUGCCAACUGGACACCUGGAGCUGUAGGUCUUUACACUAUCCAUGUCACGAUAGAUGGGAUUGAAACAGAUGCUGGCCUUGAAGUAGAAGUGAAAGACCCACCCAAAGGAAUGAUACCACCAGGGUCUCAAAUGGUCAAACCAAAAGCUGAACCACAACCAAGCAAGGUCCGCAAAUUUGUGACAAAGGACAGUGCAGGGCUUCGUAUACGUAGCCAUCCCUCUCUCCAGAGUGAGCAGAUAGGCAUAGUGAAGGUCAAUGGAACCAUCACUUUCAAUGAUGAGAUCCAUAAUGAUGAUGGUGUAUGGCUAAGACUGAAUGAUGAGACUGUAAAGAAGUAUGUUCCCAACAUGAAUGGUUACACUGAAGCCUGGUGCCUCUCUUUUAACCAACACCUGGGCAAGAGCCUUCUGGUCCCUGUUGAUGAGCCUAAAUCCGUCACUGAUGAUUACUUCAGAGAAGUAAAUUCACGUCGGUCCCAUGAAGUAGUGUUGAAAGAGCAGGAAAAGAUGUUCCUGCAAGGUGGACCAGGAGUAUAUAAGGUAGUGAAGACUGGGCCUUCAGGGCACAACAUCAGGAGCUGCCCUAACCUUAGAGGUAUCCCCAUUGGAAUGUUAGUUCUUGGGAACAGAGUCAAGGCAUUAGGCGAGGUGGCAAAUCACGAGGGCAUAUGGAUCCAGCUAGAUAAGAACACCAUGGUGGAAUUCUGUGAAAGCGGUGAAGGUGAGGCCUGGUCCUUAGCCAGAGACCGAGGUGGUAACCAAUACCUCAGACACGAAGAGGAACAAGCACUGCUGGAUCAAGCACCUCAAACACCACCACCUAGUCCUUUCAUAGCUCCUGCUUUCAACAGGAGCGCAAGUGGAAACAAUACUCAAGGAUUUGACUACAGUCUUGCAAAUGCCAAAGAUGAAAUCACUGCAGACCUUGGCAUAGGAUCAUUCAAUGAGCCUGGUGAGAAAGGAAGUGUUGUUUCCGGAAGACUAUCUGGAGCCUUUGAUUUGUCGUGCAAACACAAAACUGAAAAUCGAUUGCAGAAAAUUGAAGGUCGGAUCAACAAGGCUGCUGCAGAGCAAACAAAGACAAAAAAUGCAGAAAAUUUGUCUGCAAAUGAAUCCCUUAUGCUUAAAUCAGACACUGCCAAAUUGAGAUCAGACUCUCAUAGUAGAUCCCUUUCUCCAAAUCAUAACACGUUACAGUCACUAAAAACAGACGAGAAGAUCACUGCUGGACUAAGGGCAGAGUCACCAACACCAGGAUCACGUUCAGUGUUGUCAAAACAAAAGUUAUCAUGUGGGAAAGGCAGCCCAUCGAGCCCCAGUUCUCCAAGGCCAUCUUCUCCUCAUGAGCGAAACUUAAUUCAUAAAGCCAACACGGCGACAAAAAUUAGAUUGGAUCCACCACGAGAGAGAUCAAAAUCUGACUCCUACACUUUGGAUCCUGAUACAGUCCGUAAGAAAAAAGUUCCUCUGAUGGAGCCUCUGCGAGGUCGAUCAACUUCACCUAGACCAAAAUUACUCCCCAAGGAGGCAAAAACUGCUGCCAACACCGAGAACAGAACGCCAUCCCCUCAGGUAGUGCAAGAAAAUCUUCACAGUGAAAUAGUUGCGAUUUGUACAUCUAGCACACUGACAACAACCAGUAAUUCAGAUGCAGUUUCUGAAAAAAUAGCUGAAAUGCAGAAUCCUGAUGACUCCUCUCCAAAAGUCCACUUCAGCAUAGGAAAAGCCCCACCCAAAGAAGAGCAGGAAACUAGAUCAUCUCCUAAGAUGAGUCGGAAGAUUACUGGCAGACACACUAGACCCAAGAAGGAGAAAAUGGGAGCCAUUUUCAAGGAUGAAAGUAAUUGUUCUGCUGAACCACCAAAGCAAGCAAUGUCACCGUCUGUUGCAGAAUGUGCUCGUGCAGUAUUUGCAGCUUUCCUGUGGCAUGAAGGGGUUGUCCAUGAUGCAAUGGCAUGUUCAUCUUUCUUGAAAUUCAAUCCGGAUCUCAGUAAAGAGUAUGCGCCAAUGAGAAGCAGUCUUCACAGCCAGCAAGGUAUUGAAGAAAGAGAGACUAAAUUAAAGAAUAGGCAUUCAUUGGAAAUAUCAUCUGCUUUAAAUAUGUUCAAUAUUUCUCCACAUGGUCCAGACAUAUCAAAAAUGGGCAGCAUUAAUAAAAACAAGGUGCUCUCAAUGCUUAAAGAGCCCCCACUGCCUGAAAAAAAUGAAGACGGAAAGUCCGAUUCAAUGGGCUAUGAAACUAUGAGCCAUCAUUCGAUGAAGAAUAGAUCCCCGUUGCCUCUUACUUUGCAGCAUCUUGUUGCCUUCUGGGAGGAUAUCUCAAUGGCAACCAUAAAAGCAGCCACACAGAAUAUGAUCUUUCCUAGCCCUGGUUCAAGUGCCAUCUUGAAGAAAAAAGAAAAUGAAAAAGAUAACAAAAAGAGUAAGAAAGAAAAGAAGAAAAAAGACAAAGCAGAAGCAAGACCCAGAGGAAAUCUUUUUGGAGAAAUGGCACAACUUGCAAUGGGAGGCCCUGAGAAAGACACUAUAUGUGAGCUGUGUGGUGAAUCUCAUCAGUAUCCAGUAACCUAUCACAUGAGACAAGUUCAUCCAGGCUGUGGUCGUUAUGCUGGAGGACAGGGUUAUAAUAGCAUUGGUCACUUCUGUGGUGGAUGGGCAGGGAACUGUGGUGAUGGAGGUGUUGGAGGAAGCACCUGGUAUCUUGUAUGUGAUCGUUGCAGAGAAAAAUACCUCCGGGAGAAACAAGCUGCAGCACGUGAAAAGGUUAAACAAGCCAGAAAAAAGCCUGUACAAGUGAAGACCCCAAGAGCCCUGCCCUCUAUGGAAGCUCAUCAAGUGAUUAAAGCAAAUGCCGUGUUUUUGCUGUCGCUGAGUAGUGCAGCAGAACCAAAUAUUCUUUGUUACCAUACCCCAAGACCUUUUUACUCACACCUUCCAAGUUUGAAAGAAGGCAUCUCUGAUGAUAUGCCCAAUAAAUAUCCAUGCCUUUAUCUACAGACGCUUGCAAGACAGCAUUCAGAGAACUUUCAUGGUUACCAUGAUGAUCAUCUGUUUCAAGAUGAAAUGAGAUACCUUCGUUCCACCUCGGUUCCAGCGCCAUACAUAUCUGUCACUCCAGAUGCCUGCCCUCAUGUAUUUGAUGAGCCUGAAACUAACCUGAAGUCGAUGCCUCCCAGUCUUGAAACAAGCCCAAUAAUGGAAAAUGAUACAGCAAAACGUAGCGUCUUCCAAAGAUCAUACUCCGUUGUUGCAUCAGAAUAUGACAAGCAGCAUUCUACUUCACCAGCCCGUGUGAAGGCUAUUCCUAGGCGAAGAGUUAACAGUGGUGAUGCUGAAGUGGGAUCAUCUCUUCUUCGACAUCCUUCCCCGGAACUAUCUCGUCUAAUCUCAGCACACAGUUCACUGCCCAAAGGGGAACGAAAUUUCCAGUGGCCUGUUCUAGCAUUUGUCAUACAGCAUCAUGAUCUGGAAGGGUUGGAAAUGGCAAUGAAGCACGCACUAAGGAAAUCUGCUUGCAGAGUGUAUGCUAUGGAGGCCUUUAACUGGCUAUUGUGCAGUGUAAUUCAGACAACUGCACUCCACGAUAUUCUGUGGCAUUUUGUGGCAUCCCUGACUCCUGCUCCUUUGGAAUCUGAGGAUGAAGAAGCUGAUGAUAACAAGGUGAACAAAGAGAAUGUAGAACAGGAAAGAGAUACUGGAGUGUGUGAACACCCAUUGUCUGACAUUGUAAUUGCUGGAGAAGCUGCUCAUCCUUUACCUGAAACAUUUCACCGGCUGCUGCAAACUAUUUCGGAUCUGAUGAUGUCUCUACCCAGUGGCAGCUCACUGCAACAAAUGGCUUUACGCUGCUGGAGUCUGAAAUUCAAGCAAUCUGAUCACCAAUUCCUUCAUCAGAGCAAUGUUUUCCACCACAUCAAUAAUAUUCUUUCUAAAUCCGAUGAUGGAGAUAGUGAAGAAAGCUUUAACAUCAGUGUGCAGUCUGGUUAUGAAGCCUUGAAUCAGCAGGAGUCCUGUACAGUAACAUGUUUGAAAGACCUCACUGGAAUUGUUGAUAUUAAGACAUCCAGCAGACCAGCUAUGAUUGGUAGUCUGACGGAUGGAUCAACAGAAACUUUCUGGGAGUCAGGAGAUGAAGACAAGAAUAAAACAAAGAGUAUAACUAUAAAUUGUGUUAAAGGAAUUUGUGUUCGCUAUGUUUCUGUUCAUGUGGACAACUCUCGAGAUUUGGGGAACAAGGUAUCUUCAAUGACUUUCUUUUCUGGAAAAGCAACCGAAGACCUAAGCAGAAUUAAACAAACUGACAUGGAUUCCAGACAUAUGGGAUGGGUAACCAGUGAACUUCCUGGAGGAGGCAAUCAUAUUAUUAAAAUAGAACUCAAGGGUCCAGAGAACACAUUAAGAGUCCGACAAGUCAAGGUUUUAGGAUGGAAAGAAAAUGAAAGCAUUAAAAUUGGUGGACAGAUUUCAGCAAGUGUUGCUCAACAGAAGAACUGUGAAGCAGAGACCCUGCGAGUUUUCCGACUAAUCACAUCACAGGUGUUUGGCAAAUUGAUUUGUGGUGAUGCAGAACCCACACCUGAACAAGAAGACAAAACUAUUUUGUCUUCACCAGAGGGUGAAGAAAAGGCAUCUGAUGCUGAUUUGAAGGAACACAUGGUUGGAAUCAUAUUUAGCAGAAGCAAGCUAACAAAUCUCCAGAAACAGGUAUGUGCACAUAUAGUUCAAGCCAUACGCAUGGAAGCCACACGUGUGCGAGAAGAAUGGGAACACGCCAUAUCUAGCAAGGAAAAUGCAAAUUCUCAACCAAAUGAUGAGGAUGCUUCUUCAGAUGCAUACUGUUUUGAACUGCUGUCUAUGGUGCUUGCUCUAAGUGGUUCCAAUGUUGGAAGACAAUACUUGGCCCAACAGCUCACGUUAUUGCAAGAUCUGUUCUCUUUGUUGCAUACUGCUUCACCCAGGGUACAAAGACAGGUGACAUCUUUACUGCGCCGUGUACUACCAGAAGUGACACCAGUGCGUCUUGCCAGUAUAAUAGGUGUGAAAUCUCUUCCACCAGCAGACAUCAGUGACAUCAUUCAUUCCACAGAGAAAGGAGAUUGGAAUAAGUUAGGAAUUUUGGACAUGUUUUUGGGCUGCAUUUCCAAAGCGCUCACUGUGCAGCUAAAAGCCAAAGGGUGUAAUUUUCCUGGCACGGUUGCUGGGAAGGGUGUAACCACGGUUACGUUACCAUCAGUCUUCAACUCUGGCUCCAUUCGACGAGGUGAAAGCCACUGGUGGAUGAAAGGCUCCACACCCCCUCAAAUUUCAGAAAUAAUAAUUAAACUAAUAAAGGACAUGGCAGCAGGACAUCUAUCAGAAGCCUGGUCACGUGUCACAAAAAAUGCUAUUGCUGAAACAAUUAUUGCCCUAACAAAAAUGGAAGAAGAAUACAGAGUACCUAUUCAAUGUACCACAACAACAAGGUUGUGGCUAGCUCUGGCUUCACUGUGUGUGCUGGAUCAAGACCAUGUUGAUAGACUUUCCUCUGGCAGAUGGAUGGGAAGGGACGGCCAGCAAAAACAAAUGCCCAUGUGUGACAACCAUGAUGAUGGUGAAACUCCAGCAAUUAUCCACUGCAAUGUGUGUGGGAAUCUUUGCACAGACUGUGACCGUUUUCUCCACCUCCACAGAAGGACAAGAACACAUCAAAGACAGGUGUUUAAAGAAGAGGAGGAAGCAAUCAAAGUUGAUCUUCAUGAAGGCUGUGGAAGAACCAAGCUCUUCUGGCUUAUGGCACUUGCAGAUUCAAAAACCAUGAAAGCAAUGGUAGAGUUCAGGGAACAUACGGGCAAACCUGCGUCAAGCAGCUCAGAAGCAUGUCGCUUCUGUGGAUCAAGAAAUGGAACAGAGUUAUCAGCAGUGGGCAGUGUGUGCUCUGAUACAGAUUGCCAAGAAUAUGCAAAGACCGCCUGUGGAAAAACCCAUUCCUGUGGUCAUCCCUGUGGUGGAGUUAAAGGUGAAGAGCAUUGUUUACCUUGUUUACAUGGAUGUGACAAAAAUGCAAUAUGUCUUAAGCAAGAUGCUGAUGACAUGUGUAUGAUCUGCUUUACUGAGGCACUUUCAGCGGCUCCUGCAGUUCAGUUGGACUGUAGUCAUGUUUUCCAUCUACACUGUUGUAGACGAGUUCUUGAAAAUCAGUGGCUUGGCCCAAGAAUAACUUUUGGCUUCAUGGCAUGCCCGAUAUGCAAGAACAAAAUAAAUCAUCUAGUGUUAAAAGAUCUACUUGAUCCUAUCAAAGACCUCUAUGAAGAUGUAAGGAAGAAGGCUCUAAUGAGACUAGAAUAUGAAGGUUUGCAUAAAAGUGAUGCCAUCACUACUCCGGGUGUCCGUUUUUACAAUGAUCCUGCUGGAUUUGCAAUGAAUAGAUACGCUUAUUAUGUCUGCUACAAAUGUAAAAAGGCUUAUUUUGGUGGUGAAGCAAGAUGUGAUGCUGAAGCAGGGCAAGGCGAUGACUAUGACCCACGGGAAUUGAUUUGUGGUGCUUGCUCAGAUGUCUCUAGAGCACAGAUGUGUCCCAAACAUGGUACAGACUUCUUGGAGUAUAAGUGUCGGUAUUGCUGCUCUGUGGCAGUGUUUUUUUGCUUUGGAACAACACAUUUCUGUAAUGCUUGCCAUGACGACUUCCAGAGGAUGACAAGUAUCCCUAAAGAAGAACUCCCCCGUUGUCCUGCAGGUCCAAAAGGAAAACAGCUUGAGGGAGCAGAGUGUCCUCUUCAUGUUGUCCAUCCAGCCACUGGUGAGGAAUUUGCUUUGGGUUGUGGUGUUUGCAGAAAUGCUCACACAUUCUAAGUAUGCAGCAGAGAUGCUCCUUCGCAUUUUCCAGCCUUUUAAUCUUUUCAGUUUCUGAACUGAAGUCAGUAAAUUGAAUUGGCGCACUAUUAUUUGAAUGAAAGAACAACAUGCUGUGCACAGAAAAGAACUUUAUUUUUGUGCACAUACUUAUUGCUGUAAAUGACUCGAGUUUUUCAAAAGGCUUUAAACUUGUGAAGUGUUUGCAUGCUGCCGUUGCAAUCCUCGGCUGUAAGGCAUCACACACCUACACGGUACCUUGACAGAAGAUGCUUUUUCUAAAAGCGAUUGAGAUGUAUGGACAAGGACAGCUUCCAAAUUACAAAUUGAAGAAUUGCUACAAGUACGCAGAGUACGACUUUUGGGUAACCCUGUACAGUAUUCUUGAAAAUUGUAACCACGUCAAGGGUUGAGAGUAUAUUCUUGUUCAUUUGAUAGACUGUUGAGGAUGUUUUAGGACUUGUUGUCUAUGAAUAUCAUAAUGUAUAUAUGGUAUCAGUGUUAGGUGUAUUACAAAGUUGCUACGUUACACUGCAAUUUUCAUUUAAACUUCUAAGGGUUAUGUUUGAGCCUGAAAUUUUAAUGAAGUGCAAUACUGGGUGUGCCUCCUAUCUUGCAGCUGUACACAUAUGGAAUGUAUAUGUCAAUAAAACCGCUGUACAUUUUUA